AUGAGGGUGAUGUCAAAUUUGCUCCAAUAUGUGCAUCUUGAUAAAACGUACAGUUUACUGACUGGACGAAACCUGAAGGUGAUUUAUGACCUUUUUCAGUUGCUUGAUAUUCAUGGAGAACAAGCUUUAAAUGACGUGCAGUUUUGCGCGUUUUUAAAAUCAAUCACAGAUCUAAACAAUUCACAGAUUUAUAAAGUAUUUGACAUGUUGGAUGUUGAUCGAUCUGGAAGUAUCGAUUUCAACGAGUUCUACCUACUUAUCUGCAUCGUCAUUGCUGUGCAAGAUCGAGAGGAAAAACAUUUUAUAUACAGACAUUCUCGAACAGUUUUUGAUUUACUGGACGAAGAUAAAUCAGGGAAUAUCUCUGCCGAAGAAUUUGAAAAUUUUGGUUUUUUGUUUAGUCUACAAGGCGAAGCUAUUCAUGAAAUCUUCUCGGAAUUUGACGUAUCUGGAGAUCAAAAUUUAGAUUACACGGAAUUUAAAAUGUUUGCGAUGGAAUGUAUCGAUCGUCAGCUUAAGAUGACAAUUUCCAAGUGGUCUUCAGCGUCAUCUUCGUGUGUCAUAUUCUAACAAGUUUCCGAAAGUUGUGAAAUCAGCAAGUUUUUCAGAAAGUUUAAAAUGACCAUGGUAGUCA